AUGCCUAUUAAACCGUUCCCUGAUUUGAAUGAAGCUCAGAAAUUAGACCUCAUAGAAAGACUUCAACAAUGGUCGUUGUCUAAUGGAUUAGUAAUGUACCCUCCAAAUUUCAAAUCCUAUAGUGCAGCUGUUGCUCCAAUAACCUUAUUCCCAACCCCUUUCCCCAAGAAAUCUUUUCAUAAUGCUCUUGAAGUGCAGAAAACCUUCAAUGAGCUCUAUAUCAACUUGGUAACCAAGGAAAAGAGCUGGUUAUUAGAGAUUUUGGACUUCUUGGCUCCGUUUGAUAAAACAUUCACUGGGAAGUUGUACGAGAUUUACCAAGAGUCCCAAAAAUUGGGAGUUAAACAGCCCUUGUCACUUGGUGUUUUCAGAUCUGAUUACAUGGUUAACGACAUUGACAAUGUGGAUCAACCUGAAAUCAAACAAAUUGAAUUCAAUACCGUAAGUGUUUCUUUCGGUGGGUUAUCCUCAAAGGUUGGUAAAUUGCACAAUUAUUUGAACAGGUCUGGAUGUUACGAUAAUGAAUAUUCGUAUCAAUACUAUGAAGAUGGCGAGAUUCCAGUUUCUAACUCAAUAAACGAAUUAGCGCAGGGGUUGGCCAAUGCUGACUCUACUUAUUCCUCUACCGCCACCUCGAUCUUAUUCGUUGUUCAACCCGGCGAGAGGAACUGUUUUGACCAAAGGCAUAUUGAGUACCUGCUUUUGGAGAACCAUAACAUUAAGUCAUUCAGAGUGACAUUGGAGGAUGUACAAGAUUAUUUGACAGUUAACGGUGACAAGUUGUAUGUAAAAUCUUCCAUGGAUGAAAUAUCUGUAGUGUAUUAUAGAUCCGGAUAUGCUCCAUCGGAUUAUGAGAUUAGCCCAGAAAAGACCUGGGGUGCAAGAUUAUUCUUGGAAGAUACAACUGCCAUUAAGUGUCCCUCCUUGUUAACUCAAUUGAGUGGAUCCAAAAAGGUUCAACAGUUGCUUACCAAUGAAGAAAUUAUUAAAAAGUUAUUGCCAGCGAUUGAGUCUAAGGAAUUGGCUCAAGUUUUGUCCACGUUUGUUAGUAUCUACCCGUUAGAUAGCAGUGAACAGGGAAAGAUAGCGAAAAAAUUGGCAUUUGAAAAGCCUGAAUUGUUUGUAUUAAAACCCCAACGUGAAGGUGGAGGCAACAAUAUCUAUAAGGAAAAUAUUCCAGACUUCUUGAAAUCUAUUGAUGAAGAAGAAUGGGGUGCAUACAUUUUGAUGGAACUCAUAAACCCAUCAAAUUUCAAAAAUAAAAUCAUUCGUAAUGAUGAAACUUUCAACGAAGAAAUCAUAAGUGAGUUAGGAGUUUUUGGUACUAUCUUAUUUAACGAAGUGUCUGGAGAAAUUUUGGAAAACGAAAAUGCAGGAUGGUUAUUAAGAUCCAAAUUCAGUUCAAGUAAUGAAGGUGGUGUAGCAGCAGGUUUCGGAUGUGUAGACAACAUCUAUUUGUAUUAG